CUGCAUUGUCUGAUAAAUAGCUGAACACUUCCAUAAGAAAGGACGUGACUGUCAAAUGCCGAAUAUAGUUUUUCCAACAUCACAAACGCCUUUUUAUAAGUCGACAGGCCAUGAAACGGAAGUCUAUUGAAGAAACUGUUUAGUAGUUAGCUAGGGCUAGGUUAGCUGCCUAGCUAUCUAGCUAACUGAGUAAACUAGCUACCUAGCGAGUGCAUGCUUGUCCGAUUACUAUCUUGCUGGCAAUCCAGAUGGCUACCAGGCUCACGAACGUGCCCGCAGUCACCACAGUGAUUUAAAAGUUUUUGCCUGAUAAGUGCUUGCUAGCAAACUAGCUAACGUUAUCUCUGCAUUAGCAUCUUAAUCUAAUCAGUUGGCCACAAUGGCUUAUUUAAAAUCCGAUAACCAUUUGCUUAAGAGAUGGCAAACUACCUCGCUAGCUAGCUUUACUAGCUAAGGUUUUUACUAGCUACAUAACGUUACAAGCUAGCUAUCCCUGUUGCUCUUGUUUCUAGAGCUAGCGUGCUUGUUUGCCAGUUAACUAGCGCCAGAAGUUGCGCGGCCACUGCAGAAUUUGGAGUGACCAUUGCUUUGGAAGUCGAACGUUAGAUCAUUAUCGUUAAUAGGGAGUUCUCUCUUUGUUUGCUUUACUAGUAUCAACAUUUUGCUGGAACGGUUGCAUGGGUGUGAGUGGCGCAGCAGUGUGUCCAUAGGCAUACUGAGGUUGCGAUGUUGACGCUGCUCACUGGUGUCAAAGCGUCCACAAGGCUGUUUUCACUCAUGAGCCUUUGCCCUGUGCUUGGGCACACGUCGUGAUUGGGAGCACAUGUGCAUGCCGAGAGAUGGAUCGAUGUAAGCAUGUGGUACGCCUCCGCCUGGCCCAGGAUCACUCCAUCCUCAACCCGCAGAAGUGGCGCUGCGUGGACUGCUCCACCACCGAGUCGGUGUGGGCCUGCCUCAAGUGCUCGCACGUGGCCUGCGGCCGCUACAUGGAGGAGCACACCCUCAAGCACUUCCAGGAGUCCCGCCACCCGCUGGCCAUGGAGGUGCGCGAGCUGGACGUCUUCUGCUACGCCUGCGGGGACUACGUGCUCAACGACAACGCCGAGGGGGACCUCAAGCUCCUGCGGGGGGCGCUGUCCACCGUGCGCAGCCCCGGCCGGCGCUCCAUGCGCUCGCUGACCUCCGCCGGCGACUCCCCGCUGCGGGGGGCGGAGGGCGGGAGGGACUGCGGCGGCGGCGGCGGCGGGGGGGCGCGGCCCUCCAUGCAGACGGCGCUGUGGCACCGGCGGCAGGCGCUGCUGGGGCGGGCGCUGCGCACCUGGCGGGGCCGCCUGCGGGCCGAGCAGAGCCGGCGGGAGCAGGAGGCGGAGCGGCAGAAGGAGGAGCUGCGGCGGCGGAGGCAGGAGGUGAAACGGCGCCUCCUGGAGGAGCUGGCCAGCGUCCCGCCGAGGAAGAGCGCCCGCCUGCUCACGCAGCUGCCCCGCCGCACCGCCCUCAUCCCCCGCAAGUUCCGGGACCCUCCGGAGCGCCCGCCCCCGCCCUCCCGCACCACCCCCGCCCCCCUCCUGGGCCUGACCCGCAGGCCUCUGGGAAAAGCCGGCGGCAGCGGCAGGACGUUCCGCCGGUACUACUCGUCCCACGCCGUGUCGCGGCGGAAAGUGACGCCGGGCGUGACGGGGCUGCGUAACCUGGGCAACACCUGCUACAUGAACUCCAUCCUGCAGGUGCUCAGCCACCUGCAGAAGUUCCGGGAGUGCUUCCUCACGCUGGACCUGUGCGAGACCGAGGAGCUCCUGGCCAAGACCAACCGCGCUCAGGGCGCCGGGGGCGUGUCCGGGGGCGUGGUCAACCACACGGCGGCGCAGGCGGCGGGUCCGGGCCGCGUGGAGAAGCUGGGCGGCGGCGGCGGGGGAGGCGGCGGUUUGUCCGCAGGCAGCAAGCAGAGCCCCCUGCCCUGCCUGAGCGCCGCCGAGCUGGUGCAGCCCAAGGAGCCGCGGUCCUCCACCCGCCAGCAGAUGUCGCUGUGCCACGAGCUGCACACGCUCUUCAGGGUCAUGUGGUCGGGGCGCUGGUCGCUGGUCUCGCCCUUCGCCAUGCUGCACUCGGUGUGGAACCUGAUCCCGGCCUUCCGCGGCUACGACCAGCAGGACGCGCAGGAGUUCCUCUGCGAGCUGCUGGACAAGGUGCAGCAGGAGCUGGAGUCCGAGGGCUCCAAGCGCAAGAUCGUCAUCCCCAUCUCCCAGAGGAAGCUCUCCAAGCAGGUGCUCAAGGUCCUCAACACCAUCUUCCACGGGCAGCUGCUCAGCCAGGUCACCUGUCUGUCCUGCGACUACAAGUCGAACACGGUGGAGCCGUUCUGGGACCUGUCGCUGGAGUUCCCCGAGCGCUACCACAGCAUGGACAAGGGGGCCGGCUCCCCGGCCUCCCAGCGCAGCUGCUCGCUGACCGAGAUGCUGGCCAAGUUCACCGAGACCGAGGCCCUGGAGGGGAGGAUCUACGCCUGCAACCACUGCAACAGGAAAAGGCGGAAGACGUCCCACAAGCCUCUGGUUCUGACGGAGGCGCGGAAGCAGCUGCUCAUCUAUCGGCUACCUCAGGUCCUGCGGCUGCACCUCAAACGGUUCCGGUGGUCAGGGCGGAACCACAGGGAGAAGAUCGGGGUCCACGUGGCCUUCGACCAGGUGCUGCACAUAGAGCCCUACUGCUGCGCGGACUCCCUGUCCUCCCUGCAGCGAGAGGGCUCCACCUACGACCUGUCCGCCGUGGUCAUGCACCACGGCAAGGGGUUCGGCUCAGGGCACUACACCGCCUACUGCUACAACACCGAGGGCGGUUUCUGGGUUCACUGUAAUGACUCGGAGUUGAACGUGUGCAGCGUGGAGGAGGUGUGCAGCACUCAGGCCUACAUCCUGUUCUACACUCAGAGAUCCGCCGAGGCCAGCGUGGCCUGACUCCGCCCACUUCACGCCCUCAGCCCCGCCCUCCUCCCCCUCCCCUCCACACGGUGGCGCUGUGACUGAGCAGUGAGUAGUACAGUUUCUCUGCAGGUCCGUCCACCUGAAUGGACCCCCCCCGGCAAUGUUUGCCCCUCCCCCCCCAAUUUUAACAGACAUUUUGAGGAGAAGACGUUGAAGCGAGAACACGCCCAAAGCCAGCAGAUCUUGGGCUAUGACUGCUUAUGAAUCAUGUGAAAGCCCAGGGAUUUAUAGGUAAUUUUAGUGUCUGGAAGAAGCCAGUCAACAUUCCUCACUGUCCAAGGUAAAAAAAAAGCUCUUGUAUGGGCUGAACAGGGAGACAGUGUGGCCUUUUUUUAAUUCGGUGGGGGUGGGGGAGGUUGUCCAGGGGUGACAUCACACCGAAGUGGGCAUUGGAGCAAUAUAUUAAUGACGGAAAGGAAAUUCAGGAAUUAUUCUUCAAACUUUUUACUGGAUUGUUUUCUACUCUGCUGUUUUUUUUAUUGGAGUUCUUAUCAUUGUCUUGUAGACAAGAGAUGUAAUAUUGCUGUCCUUGAUAUGGAAAAGAAAGUGGCUUCAUGCACUGUAAAUUACAGAAAGGUCCCCAUGGCAGUGAAUGUCCUGCUUGUCUGAUGGAGAUGUAGCUUGGCCUCUGUCCUGCAUUGAAAUCCAGACAGACUCGUUUAGUGGCUGGCUGUUGGCUUCUAACCUCUGUCCUGUAUUGUAAAAGCACCAGGCAUCAGAUUCAGGAGGCCCAUGGGGCUGCCUAGAAAAGGCAAUUAAAAAAAGAAAAAAAAGAAAAACAA